AUGGGUAUGGAAGUUGAUGAAGAUGACUUGAGAGAGUGCUAUAUCAAAUUUGGUGAGGCUCUCAAGGAUUUUAAGAGCGUAGAACUCAGUUCAACGAAUCCACCAGACCCUUUCAAUAUACUGAGAGAUUUUAGAUCCAUCGCUGGAAGUGCUGCCUUAAAAUCAUUGGAAAAGAAAGAUUCGAAUAAAGAAGGCUCUGAUUGGGAAUUAGAGGCAAAAUUAUGGCAUUUAUUGGAGUUAUUGGGAUCUUACAGAACCUCAGAUAUAAAUCCAGAUGAAAUGACGACGUAUUCCUACAAUUCUAAUGCAGUAUUUGAGAAGAAACUUUUACAAGAAGAUAGAAAUUUGUACCAAAUAUGGAUAAUCAUAGUUUGGAUCCAAAAUAAUAUGAACCCUCGACUGACCGAAAGUCUACCGACAUCCAAAUGGUCCAACAGUAUCAUAUCCGGAGGAUUGAAAAGCUGCGAUUUAGACUUUCCUCUGCGUGAUUUGGAAGCUGAUAUUAAUGUGAAGGAUAAGUUAGAGGACCAUGCUUUUUAUAAAUACGUUUAUCACUUGUUGUUGGCUGGUAAAGUCGAUAGUGCCAUCGAAGAAUGCAGACUCACGGAAAAUCUGACAUUGAGUAUGAUAUUGUGUGGUAUGCAAGAAUAUUUGGACCCCGUAAGGGAUACACAGAUUCAGAAUGAAUUUGAAACACAACAGGGAGUCAAAAAACAUGCGCUUUGGAGACGUACAGUGUAUAGUCUCUCGAUGGACAGCAGGCUGGAUCAAUACGAAAGAGCCAUUUACAGUUUUUUGGCGGGGACUAUUCCUCAAGAUGAUGUUAUAAAUGAUUCUAACUGGGAUUCUGACCUUUUGUUGCAUUUAAACCAAAUCUUACAAAUUGAAAUUGAAAAUUACCUAUUUGCGAAGGGCAAACUCACAACUGAUGAAUUAAUCAUUCCAUUACCAUCUAAACCACAGGGCUUACAAAACGUACUGGAUCUAGUUUCUUCUAAACACGUAGAGGAAAGUGAACAUCCCAUUAGAAUACUAAUUGGUGCUGUCAUACUCGACACCCUGUCACUGGUCUUACAUUCUUCUGUGGAAAUGCUCCUAGAUUUUGUUAAAGGUGGUUCAACAGAUAACUACUUGGCAGAGAAACCGUACCUUCUGAGGAUAGUCACUCAUAUUAGCCUUUUCCUGAGCAUCCUAGAGCCACAGGAUGAAGUAUCCUCCAACGAUAGAUCCAAAUUGAUCACGGCAUACAUUAGUGUGUUGAAAUUCCAUGGACUUUAUGAUAUUAUCCCCAUCUAUGUUAAAUUUUUGGAUGAGCAAGCUGCUCUAGAAGCUUACUCCUUUAUCCUAUCGACUCUGGAGGACCACGAGGUCAGAAGAAAGCAGUUAGAGGUCGCUAAUUUCCUACAGUUACCUACUCCUAACAUACUAAGAAGAACGACUCAAAGGAUAUUUAAUGAAACCGAAGGAGAUUAUACCCCACAGGGAGAAAUCCUGGUUACUUUCGAUGUAGAGGCCGUUGAUAGACAUUUAAUCUCUGGUGUGGAAUGGUUGCUCGAGGGAAAACUUUACGUCGAGGCUGUAGAAUCAAUAGUAGCAUUAUCCAGAAGAUUCUUAAUCAAUGGGCGCAUCAAGGCUUUAGAAUAUUUCAUGGAUCGCAAUCAAUUGAAUGAUGUACUCAAAAGUUAUGAAUUUGCGAAGAUUUCACAAAGGGAUUCUGAACAUGAGAAAGACUAUGCCGUUGCAGAGAUAUUAGAAUAUCAAUACUUGGUGGAAGGUCUGAAGAAAUACCAAGAAUGGCAAAAGACUGUAAAACUAAUGGAUUUAGAAUCAAAUGUUCCAACAGUGAUCGCCAAAUUCCAGGAAUUUUCCAAAUUUACUUACAAGCUGAUUAAAAACUUUUUAGUGGAUCUUUCAGAAGAUGGGUCGAAUCCUGACGGCGACGUAUUCUAUGAGAUCAGAUCUCUUUACACUCCAUACUUGAUCAUAGAACUGCACAAGGGUCUAGUAGAGGCAUCCAAACUGCUAAAAAUUUCAAUGUUUAUCAAGGAGGCACUUGAAAUUACCAAUUUGGUCGCUAAUGAAACCGAUAAAAUUUACCUACUAUUCCAAACCAGUGGUAAGUUGGAAGAGUAUCUGCAGCUAGUAGCGUACACUGCUAUUCUUUCCGGUUCCGACUAUAAAUAA